AUAAAGGAGCUUCACUCACUGAAACAUCACGUUUUGUACUUCACCACACCUAGCUAGCUCACUAACCCCACUCCACUACACCCCGGCCCGGAAAAAUAAUGUGGAAGGGUUUCUCCACCCCGUCGCCGCCGUCCUCGGUGGUACUUCUGUCCCUAACCAUUGUCCUUUCAUCCCUCCUCCCACUCGCCGCCGCGUGGCGGCCGUGGCCUCAAAACAACAAAAUGAACGCGACUGACUACGUCUUCGAGGACUCCAAGAAAUUCGAGGGGUCAUCGGAGUUCGUCAAGCUCCGCUACCAUAUGGGACCAGUCCUCACCUCCAGGAUCACCGUCCACACAAUCUGGUACGGCAAAUGGGAGCGGAGCCAGAAGAAGAUCAUCCGCGGCUUCAUCAACUCAAUCUCCGCCACGGAAGUCCCCCGCCCCUCCGUCGCCGGCUGGUGGCGAACCGUCCAGCAAUACACCGACCAGACCAGGUCCAACAUCUCCAGAACAGUCCAGCUCGGCGAGGAGAAGAACGACCGGUUCUACUCCCACGGGAAAUCGCUGACCCGCCUCACGAUUCAGUCAGUAAUCAAAAGCGCCAUAACCGCCACCACAAAACCGUUACCGAUCAACCCGAAAAGCGGGCUCUACCUGCUACUCACCGCCGAUGACGUGUUCGUUCAGGAUUUCUGCACGUCGGUGUGUGGGUUCCACUACUUCACGUUCCCGUCGCUGGUCGGGUACACCUUACCCUACGCUUGGGUGGGUAACUCGGCGAAACUGUGCCCGGGGCAGUGCGCGUACCCGUUCGCCGUGCCGGCGUUCAUUCCGAACCGGAAACCGUUCAAGUCACCAAACGGCGACGUUGGGGUGGAUGGGAUGAUAAGCGUGAUCGGGCACGAGAUUGCGGAGCUGGCAACGAACCCGUUGGCGAAUGCUUGGUACGCGGGUCAGGACCCGACAUUUCCGGUGGAGAUCGCCGAUCUGUGCGAGGGGAUUUACGGCACCGGUGGAGGUGGGUCAUACACCGGGCAGGUGUUGGACGGUGGAGAUGGUGCCACGUUUAACAUGAAGGGAAUCCGACGGAGGUUCUUGGUUCAGUGGGUGUGGAGCCACGUCCUGAAUUUCUGUACUGGUCCUAAUGCUCUUGAUAUCUGAUUAUCUCAUUAUAUCACUUCUUCUACUUCUUCCGUCUAUAAUGUAAAAUCAGAUUUUUCUAUUUCUUUUGUUGGCCUUUUCUCUUGUUUGUGGGGUUGUGGUGCUGCUAGUAAUUUUAUUCAGAUACUUAAGUUUCUUCAUUAAUGCAAAUAAUGUAGUAUUUUUAUUGUCA